AUGGGCUCCGCCCAAGCCGUCCUCUCCGUCCUCAUCCUCCUCCUCGUCAUCGUCCGCAACCACUUCCCCGGCCGCCUCUUCGCCCUCCUCCACCGCCAUAGAAACCUCCUCACCCACCCCCGCCUCCCCGCCUUCAUCCACCGCUACCCCCAUCUCCAAGCCCCCCCCCCUCACCAACCCCGUAUCGAACCUCUCGUCGCCAUCCCCCAACCCCCACCCCGGCCCCCAUCCCUCGGCCACUCCCCCCUCGGCCGUCUCGCCCCAGAAACAAUCCAGCUCAUCGCCUUCUUUCUCCCCCCCUCCGCCGCCGCCUCCUUCGCCAGCACCUGCCUCUCCAUCCGCCUCAUGACAGGAACCGAAUACCUCGCCUCCCUCCGCGCCUCCCCCACCGAGCUCCUCAGCCUCCUCAAAUACACCGCGAUCGACCAACCCCUCGACCCCAUCACCGCCGUCCCCCCCCGCCUCCUCUGCCUCUACUGCAACCGCCUCGUCCCCUACAUGACCCUCUGCAGCGCCUCCCCAACCCCCCCCUGCCUCGAAGCUUACGCCCAAUACCACCCCUACGUCCCCCCCACCUUCCGCCACCAAAUCUUCCACACAGCAAUGACCCUAGACCAGCACGACCUCUGUCCCUACGCCCUCCUGCGAAACCUCAAACCCUGCUCCACAGCCACCACCACCUACGACGGCGGCAUCACCUCGCAAUCCGCCUGGGAAUACCGCAUCGUCGCCGGCUCCCUCUACCAGCGCACCCGCGUCUCCAUGAUCCUCCCCCGCGACGACGGCAACUACAACCCCACCGUGCACCCCUGCCCACACUCCGCCAGCUACCAGAACGCCAUGGCCCGCAAGGCGGCGGAGGUGCAAGAGCAAGUGCGCCAGUUCCCCAAGCUGCGCGCGAUCUCGGACAUGGUCUCUUGCCGGCGCUGUCGCACCGUGCUGCGUGUCGGAUGUCGCAAGUUCCGCGGCCUGGGGAUGGGACUGUUCGUCACGUGGUGGAUGGAUGUGGGUUUUGCGAAUGGGCGGUGGGAGAUGGGGAGUGGGAAGAGGGAGUGGACGGGGUGGAAGGAUGUGUGGUAUACGAGGAAGUGGGCGAUGGAUCGUUUUGAGCAUGGGUGUUCUUCGCAGCGGUAUUUUGAUUUCGAGGGCAUGGAUUCGCUAAAGGAUAGGAGGGAGUUGUUGGCUGCUGCACGUAGUGUUCUUAAGGGAUAGAGACUAUGUAGGGAUUUUAGGUUUAUAGGCGCUGUUCUUUUGUUUUGUGAUCAUAGGCUCUCAUAUCCUGUCCUGUUGUCCUACGAGAAUAGACGC